AGAGUGCGCUUGUCUUUUCAAUAGCCAACCCAGCAUCAUGCGUUUCAUCCAGCUCCUCCCCAUCCUCCCAGCGCUUGCUGCGGCGCAAGAGCAGGUUCCCCUCGCGGAUCGCGUCCAGGGUUGGUUCAACAAAGCCAAGGAGUUUCUGCCCACGGCUACUCCGGUGAUCCCCGCUGCUGUUGAGAAGGUGGUCGAACAGAAGAUUCAAGAAAAGACUGUCACCCCUUUCAACCUGUCCAACUGGCAAUCCCUUCUGGCGCCAUCUGAUGAGCCCAAGGACUGGUUUGUCUUUGUUACUGGCGGAAACAAGACAUGCUUUGGACGUUGUCAUCAAUCGGAGAAAUCGUUUAACGAAUCCGUUCUUCUGUUCUCUGCUGAUCCAACCUCGCCCAACCUUGGUUACCUGGACUGCGAAUCGAACCGGGUCCUCUGCUCUGCCUGGGCCGCUGGUGCUCCAUCCGUUUCGUACUUCAAGGUCCCUGCUCAGGUCGGCGAGGAGCGCCCUGCCACCGCUCAAUACAAUGUGUACUUCAACUCGACAACUGUAACGGCUGAGUCCCUUUACAAAAUUCACUCUGAGAAGACCUAUGAGAAGCGGGGCGCGUACGAGGGCUCCUUCCACGUUACGGAUAGCUGGCUUGCGGAGAAGGGACUCUUGAUCCCUGCAGGCUAUGUUAUCUAUGCCUUCAGCGCAAUCCCUAGCUGGCUGUUCAUGAUCUUCAUCAGCUUCUUCAGUCGGUCUAUGAUGGGCCGCCGAAUGGGAAACACGGGAGCCCCCGCUGCUCGCUAAUUAAACAUCGCUGCUCAUGAGGAUGAUGAUGUCUGCUUCGAUGUUUAUGGUCAGGGAUGUAUAUAAUGAACUAGCAGUAUCUAAGAUAAACUUUGGAUAACGUUUGGGCCUUGGUCACAUUCCCUAUUCUCACGCUUGCUCUCCUCUUACAGAUAUUUAAUAUAUAUUGAAAAAAUACAAAUAAAUAGAA